CUAUUGUUAAAAAGUAGUGAUGAAACGAAAAUAAAGAAAAGAAACUGGAAAGGGGGUUGAAGUGAAAAGAACGAUGGAUAAAUUUAUAGUGCGACGGAAAAGAAAUAACGAAGUGAGCGUGGAAGAUGCGGUUAGACAAGUCGAGGUGGAACAACUGACAGAAAUUCAGUAUACUAAAGCUGACGAGCGCGUUGAUGUAGUAGAUUGCAAUCAAAAUCAAUACCAAGAAAGCAAUAAAAACGAUAUUAAAAAACAUACUUCAAAAAGUCUAACCACACCCCCGCGUUUCAAACGCUAUAAAGAACAAUAUCCAUGGCUUAUAAUCAAAAAUGAUAAAGGAUUUUGCACUGAUUGUACUGAUGCAUGCGAACGGAAAUUAGUCAUCAAUUUGCACACGCGUGAAGUCCAAUCUAAGAAAGCCUGGGUUGACGACGGUUUUUCAAACUGGAAGCAUGGAGCAGAUCGACUAAAAAUUCAUUCAACAACUUGCCUACACCUCAAUUGCGUCGAAGCAUUAUUGAACGUUGCAAAAACUAACGUGGUUCAGCAAAUAUCGACAGCCCAUUUCAAGCAGAUGAUGGAUAAUCGUACAGCGUUAUUAAAAAUAUUCAGCACAUUGAAAGCACUGGCUAUACAAGGUUUGCCUAUAAGAGGAGACAACAAUGAUGAAAGAUCGAACUUCAUGACGUUCCUAUAG